AAUUUCCACGAGAAAAUGUAUUUUUAUUCUUUUUUUCCCCCUCCGGACUUAAAUGGCGACCUAACCCCGGGUAGGAGCUCAAAGACCCUCUCGAUCGAGAAGAUGGUGACGAAGAGGAUCCGCUCGGAGUACAUGAAGAAAUUCAAGGAUCCCAAAUGGGACACUUACGCUAAAUGUUACGAGGAGAUGCUCAAGUACAGGCUGACCCGCAGACUGCUGGAGCACACACACAACCCCUGGUUCUGGAGCGGCUCCGACAGUGAUUCGGACUCCGGGGGAAGGAGCCCCACUCCUCCCAGCAAGAACCAGGUAGGGGCCGAGGGCAGCAAUGAGGCGGAGGGGGCCAGGACGGACAGACAGCCGCAGACCAGGGGCUCAGGGCCUGUACCCAGGCUUCCUCUUCAGGAGGAGCAGGAGGAGGAUGUCUCUGCUGAACAAGCUGCAGUCCAAGUCUCUCAGCCUGAUGGGGCCGGGGAGGCUAGCGUACAACAGGAGGAGGGAGAGGAGCAGAGAGCCGGCAGUAGAGGUGGUAGACACAGAGGAGACCAAGAGAAAGUCCCUGCAGGAUCACGACCACCGUCGAGUAAACCCCCCAAAUCCAGAAGUCAAGCAUGGCGCUCCCAGCGGGUCAGGCCUGCCCCAUCACGACAGCCCAAGGAGGACAUGAAGGAGGGCAGACACCCUUUUGCUCUGUACGGCUCAGGGGAGAAGGAUGCGAACAUCGCAAGCAGGAAGACGCACAAUGUCGGCCCUGUGGCGUCGACUAAUGAGAUCCACGAGUCGGCCCUGCGCGCUAAGACCAGGCGGGAGGUGGAGCGACAGAUCCAGACCCAGCGAACCGCGCGCCGGAGGACCAAGUCCGCUGAGGUGGAUAAGGCCAGAACUGUGGUUCAGCCAGAGUUCAACCCCUGGCUCACUGAGUAUAUGCGCUGCUUCUCUGCUCGUUCCCGAUAACAGGAGCGCACAACAAAAACAGAUACACCAGAAUGACGACAAUGCAGAAAUGAAGCCAUUACUGCCUCUCAUCGCAGAUGUUUAAACACCUACAGUGUGUUCAAACACGCGCAUGAAUGGACACAGAGUCUCCUAAAUGUACACCACUCUCACAUUCAGGAUUCAAAUGGAUAAAACCUUGAAUUCACUAUGUGGCUUACUCCCCGAGAUGCGGACUGUCAGGUUUUUAUAUAUCACUCAAUUUUAAGGUGUACAGUACAAUACAAAACACUUGACGUGGGAGGAGGCAGUCUUUUGUAGUAAAUGAACACAUCUGUCAAGUACAGAUGUUUAAAUGAGCGUUAAGUGGCCACAGUGUGUCUGACAGCCAUAUUUUGAUGGAGUCCCUUUAAACACACCCAGCUGUAGAUGUUUUUUAUACAGGAAUAUCAAACCACAACGGACUCACAGCUGUAAUGAAGCCUCAUGGCAGCAAAUCUGGAUAAAUGAACAAACAAUCAAACACAUUGUUUGUAUUUCAACAAAAUGUGCUCAUCUAUGUGGCUCAUGAUGUACAGUAAUGGUUUGUUGUUUUCAUUUCUUCUGCUGGGAACAAAUAUUGACCCUCAUAUACUCAUAAAUACCGCGUGUUAAAUGGUUUUAUAGGCUAAUCUUUUAGUGAUUCACUGGUGUGAACUUUCGUGUUUGUGUACCGCUCGAUAGAUUGAUCGAGGCUUUAGAUAGCGAAUCACUCUGUGCUGACAGUAAAACUCACACCUGUUGUGUUGUGGCAGUUGCAUUUCCUCACGGGCUCAUGAACAUUUGACGUGUUGUCGACUAAAAAAGGUUUUCUAAUCAGCAGAAAUGUUGGGAUUCAAUCAACCUGGUGCUAACAUGGUAUUUGAAAGCCACAGUGUUUAUGUUACGCAGCCUGUGGUCAUUCUUAUCAGAAAGAAAAUGUGAUAUUGAAAAAGAGACACAUGAUUUAGAUUCUUAUUACAGUUUUGAUCGUUGGGGCCAAAAAUUCUUCCUAUGUAUUGUUUAUGAAUAGGCUUCAGAGCCAGAGGUAGAAAUGUAACAAUAAGUUGACGCCUAAAUGACCUCUAGUUAGAAAUGUUUAGCACAUGUUGCUAAUUUACUGUUCAGUUGUGACCAAAUCCAGCAGCACUUUGAAAUCAGGGAUAGAGGUAAUUUGUUUUUUUGAGUGUAUUAAACAUCAGACAAUAUUUAAAUUCUCU